UGUGACAAGCACACAGUGUGUUUCAGAGAGGGAGAGAGGGACAAUCACCGCAGCCCUGCUUCACAGACAGGACAUCACUCUUGCUUGAACUGAAAUUGGUGCCCGUACUGUAUAUAUUUUAGGUCUAGGCCGAUAUUCUACAAGAGGUGCAGGAACUCAAGCUGUUAAAAAAAAAUUUGCCUCAACUUCCAGUGUGUUUUUACUCAAGUCAAACACUGGAUUCAGCAGACAGAUAGACAGACAAGCAGACAGACAGACAGACAGACAAGCAGACAGAUAGACAGACAAGCAGACAGACAAAACCCCCUAGUUAUGUUUGACGGUAUAGAGGAGGACCUGUGAACUGGACUACUAAACUAACAACUGUUUUUCCCGAGUUGCUGGAUACGGAGGAUUUUCAAUAUGGAGACCCUGCUGGCUAAGGCCCUGUAUGACAACAUAGCCGAGUGCAGUGAUGAGCUGGGCUUCAGGAAAGGAGACGUGGUUACAGUGCUGCAACAGGAAGUAGAAGAGAGCUGUGGUUGGUGGAUGUGCUUUCUGUCUGGACGACAGGGCCUGGCCCCAGCCAAUCGCCUGCAGCUCCUACCACAGACCCCGGCUCAGACCCAGGGCAAGGUUACUGGUCCUCAUGCUGGCUGUGUUGACCCAGGUAGCAGCCAUGACAGUGACUCUGACAGGCCGGGGAACCUCUACCAGAUCCCCAGCAUUUCCCGACCCACCCAGUCUUCCAGCCCCACCUACGAAUGCAUGGACCGCGUCUACAAGGCAUCUGUCAGCAGUAUGUUCUCUGGCUGUUCCAAAGGAGAGGUCUAUGAUGUCCCCAGCCUUGUCAGACGAGCCUCUAUCUUCCCUGCAUCCACAACACUGCGACAUUUGACCCAGAAGUCGUCGUUGAUGGCAACCUCUGAUCUGGAGAGACAGUUUGACACUCGGGGAAGUAGGAGGCACUGCAGCCCCAGUCCCAGCCUGGACUAUGUGUAUGCAGUACCUCCCCCGGGGGUCCCAGACCCCAGCUAUGACAUCCCUAUCCCCUCCUCCGUCCCCUCCUCCGGAGGCUACGAUACCUCACCCAGCCCCCGGAGACAGCCUAGCAGUUACAGCACCUUACCCAACCCCCGCAAGUCAGACUGGAUCUACGACGUACCCAGCUCUUCUGAGAAGCCUGGUGGUGAGCCUGGAUAUUACACACACCUGCCAUCUGGUGGUGAGCCUGGAUAUUACACCACCCUGACCUCCAAGGCCCUGAGCUCUGACGGGCAGCUCCACGACACUCUGACCAACGACCGUAACUGCUCUGGUCAGGGACGUGGCUCUGCUCAGUCCUUCUACGACAUCCCCAAACCUAGAUCCCCUCCCCAGGGGUCCAAGGACCCCCACAACCCCCCUAGGGUCCUCCCAAGGCCUCCUCUCUACGACAGACCCCCAGGGCAGAGACAGACGGACAAGGAGCACUGUGUGUACGCUGUCCCCCCUCGUGAGCAGCUCUCAGUCUCCGUCCCCCACAGAGGACACCAUGUCCCGUUGGAGUGUCGGGGGGACUCCGGUCCUACCUACGACCACCCCAACGCCCAGGGCAGGCUGCAGAGGGGCCGUCUGGGGUUAGUGGCUGAGGCUCUGGAAACCAGGCCUGGUAAGGGAGGCACUCUGCUACAGGAAGGGGACGAAGAGAGAGGUAGAACGACAACGUCAACAUCAGACAAACAGAGGAUCAGCACAGCCUCCACGUCCUCCACCUCUUCCUCCUGCGACUCCCUGGCGCUGUGCUCCUCUUCAUCCCCGGAGCCGCAGCGGGAGGUGUGUCUGAGCCAGGAGGAGGCGUGUCGUAGGCUGCUCCUCCUACAGCAGGAAGUGUGCAGGGAGGUGCCGCGACUCAUGGAAUUCGUUUCCUCUAGUUGGAGGAGCAGGGAUCACCUGGAAAAGCACCUCACGGAGAUCAGGUCUGCAGCAGAGGGUGUGGCGGGGUCGGUGACCUCCUUCCUGACCUUUGCCCUGGAUGUGAAAGGUAACGCCCGGCGCUUGACCGACUCCAACCUGCAGGCGCGUCUCCAGCGCCAGCUCUCGGUGUUGGAGGACUCCGGACUCAUCCUGCAGCAGGCCGUCAGCUCCCUGGGCGUCGCCGGCUGGCCCCUCCCCUUGCUGGCCCAAGAUCCUGCCCAGAACCACACCCCAGACCAGCUGGACAGCCUCGUCAGGGUAACCAGGACCAUCCCCGAGGACGUCAAGAGAAUGGUAUCCAUCGUCAAUGCCAACGCCAAGCUGUUGUUCCGGCCCAGUACCAGUACCAGUACCACCAAUAAUACCAGUACCUCAACCAGUCAGUUUGUGAAGAAGAGAACAGAGCAGGGAGAAGAAUCAGGAGCAAAUCAUCAUGAUAAUACCCAGCUACAGGAGGACCAGAAGCGUUGUGUGUCCGAGCCCCAGGUCUGUGUGGACGGCUCUAGGAGAUCUUCAGAACCCCUGUCCCCUAGGAAACCCUCCAUGUCUGACUCUGGUGACGCCCCCAGGAGGACCUCUGAGCCCCAGGUUUCCCCGUCUGCUAGGAUGGCCUCUCAGUCUGAGCCGCAGGUUUCCCCGUCUGCUAGGAUGGCCUCUCAGUCUGAGCCCCAGGUUUCCCCUAGCCCUGGGAAGUCCUUUAACUCCCGGGUAGACAGCACUAAGAGACAGCCCACCCUGUCAGAACAUUGCCGGCUGUACUUCGGGGCGAUGCAGAAGGCAAUCGGUGUAUUCAUAACCAGCCUGGAUAGCCAGACCCCGGAGAAGUUCAUCUCCCACAGCAAGCUGGUCAUCAUGGUAGGCCAGCGGCUGGUGGACACGCUGUACCGAGAGGCCCAGAAAGGAGAGUCCCAGAGAAGGGAGCCCGGGUCGGUGUCGGAGUCAAAGUUGGGGCCCAGCCAGAGCCAGGUCUUGCUGUGUAAGUGUAACAACAUGUGUGCUCUGUUAAAGCAGCUGGCUGUAGCCACCAAGAAAGCAGCUCUGCAUUACCCUGAGAAACAGGCUCUGCAGGAGGCCCAGGACUUUGCCAAGGAGCUGGCUCAGAGAGCACAGCACUUCAGGAUUUCUCUGGACCUCUGAGAGAGAGACAGACAGACUUUUAUUUUAUAGUCUAGAAGACAGAUUUUUUUUAUCUUAAGGACGCAACACAGACGGCGCUGACGAACAGUGAAAAGCUGCCCUAUCACCCUCUGACCACUGAACGUCGCCGUAACGUUGAAUCGGCACCGUUCAUCAACACGCAGCAGGUGCUCCACAGCUCACAGCCGACGUUCAUGUUGGUCUGUAUUUUCCUAGACAUUGGAGCUCUAAAAGCUAAUUUAUGCUUGAUCUGUGAAGGUGUUCGGAGGCGCAGUAUGGACGGUGUGAUGCAAUCGCGGAGCCCCCGGGAAGCACGCAGAGGCCAAAUUGAGCGCCGUACGCCACCAUUUUUUAUUUUUUUUAUAACAAUGUGGAGGGCUCUGUAUAGCAGCGCAUCGACGUGAUGGGUUGACGUUAGGUGAGGGUGGUAGGGUCUUGUAUAAACACAAAACUCACUUCCUCGACAACAGCUCUGCUCAACAGCUCCGCGAAGCGCAAGGAGUAUGAAUACCCUGACUCCUGCAGAGACCGUGUCACCCUGAACGAUUCACGGGCCGACGCAGACGACGGAUUGACCACGCAGCGCCUUUAAAGGGGAGACUGGUCCGCUCUGAAACCAUUGUGCCAACUCAAAUGUUCCCAGAGGACAUGAAGACUUAUAAAAAAAUUAAAACGAAUUGCACAUUUUAAGAUGGAAUUUUAUGAAGCCAAAUCUAAAAUGUAUUUACCAAGACAUUGUAUGUGCCAUGUAUACCAUAGGGAUAUGUUAUUACUUGUAUAGUUGACUUCAAUAUCAAUGGCCUGAAUAAUGUAGUAGAAUAUUUUACCUGUAUUCUGUUUCACUGUUUCUAUACGAACCCAGUUAACCUAUAGCCUUCUCAAAAUACAAUUUAGUACAUUCCUGAUCUUAAAAUAUGAUUGAAAUGAUUAAAUAGUUGGAAAGAAUAAAACAAAUUCACAGCUUAAUGAGAUAAUAAAAAAAAAAAGUUUUUUCUUUUGAGUUUCACCAUUUUACUGUGUUCUGAAUGCGAGGUAUAUUACGGAUCAGAUGGGCAACUGUGUUACAGUCCUGUUUUGACUAUGUUGUAUCAUAGCUACAUGGCAAAACACACAUUAACACAGACAAUACACACACAGACAAUAUGCAGACAGGGGGUGUCAAAAUACAGCAACAGACAAUAUUCUGUAUAGCAUUUGUGACAUCGGUUGAUGUAAAAAAAAAAGGGCUUUAUAAAUACGAUUGAUUGAUUGAUUGAUUGAUUGAUUGAUUGAUUGAUUGAUGCGGACAACACAGUCAAUACACAGCAACAGACAAUAUGCAGACAACAGUUAAAACACAGCAACAGAGAGACAACACAUCAGCAUUAUAUCGCCCUCUGGUGGUACUGGGUCCAUGAAAACUAAACAGCUUUUGGAGAGAGAGGGAGAGAUUGCCUGCCUGCCUGCCUGAUUGACAUGAAUCGUGAGUUGGGGCACAAAACAUACUCUACAAAACCUAUUUCUCACCAUGUUGGCUCUGUGUGCAGUUUUCAUGUAUCCCAUAUUUUAAAGGAUUUGGCAUUUUAAAAAAUAAAAAUAAAAAACCAU